UAACGAGCUCGUUUGCGCACCUGGCGCUCCAGUGGGUGAUGCUUCGGCUGUGUGAACACAUUUGCUUUAAUAUUUCCACACCGAGAACGCCAGGAUUUAACGUGUGAAAACUUGUGGACUGGUUUGCACGUAUUGUAACUACUGCGGAAUCUCCUAUCCGAAAAUAUCCGCUGCUUAGUUCUUAAGAUUCCUGUCUACACAGCCACAGAAAGCAGUCCUAAACAGACUUAAUGCGCCAGUUGUCAAACUUCAGCCUCUCCUCUAGCCAGGAAGCCAGCUCUGCAGCCUCUCCACCAGCAGCAUGGAUUAUUACACGCCGCAGCCCAGUCGUCGUCACAAUCCCGUGGACAGCAUCUGCCGCAAACUGCAGACCAUUCAGUGGCGCGGUGAUCGAGAGCCCAAUUCACCGUUCCAGAUUCCCAAGCUCUCCUCCAGCAGUUACGACAGUGCGCAGUGCGGCCUCAGGCACAACCUGGAGGCCAUUCUGAAGAAAGGGGCCAUCCACAGAGACGAGGGGGAGAGGGGGAAGGAGAGAGUGAAGGAGAAGGGGAAGGGGAAAGGGAUGGGUAUGCCGAGUUCUGCUUUGUCCCAGGGGAGCCUGGGCUCUUCAGCGCCAAUGUCCAUCCCUUCCACUCCCACCAUGCCGGCUAAUGUCACUUACACCAUCACUAGCACACUUGGAGAGAGGAGAGGUGCUGAUGGGAGGGAAUUGAGACAAGUUAAGAAAUGGCAGAGGUAUUGUUCGACACCCACGGGGCAGUCCAAAGAGUCCCCUUACUUCACAUUCACACGAGGACCCCAGACAGUGCAGCCUGAGAGCGAAAAGCCGAGCAGGAGCCCUCCUCUGUCUCAUACCUUCACUCCGAACCACAGCACCGUAGCCUACAAUCUCAACUUCUGCUCAGGAGACACAGGGAACUUGACCGAGUGUGAGCUGCCCUACCCGGCUCUGGUUGUAAAAAGACUGUCCAUGGGCGACGGAGGUUCAUCACUCGCUUCUGAAAACAGGAAGGAGAAUAUGGCAGAAAUCAGCCUCAUCUGUGAAGAGAAUCUGCUUGAUACCAUCUUCCAUGCCUGUGACACCCAGCGCCGAGGUAAAGUGUUCGUCUCUCACAUUGUGGACUACCUGCGUCACACCACCAGUCGCACCUCAGAAGACAGCGGACUGGAGGAACUUUGCAACAUGCUCGAUCCAGAACACAAAGAUGUCUCCAUUGACUUGGACACGUAUCACGCCGUAAUGAGGGAGUGGAUCGACGAUUGCCGCAACAAUGGGGAAGAGCCAACAGAUGACGUCACCCAGGACUCGGUAAAACUCAGAGACGGCCUGUCUGCCAAGAGGUCCAUGCUGCUCAAUAUGACCUCAGGAAGCUUGGAGGCCUUUGGAGGGGAGGCAUCCAGAGUGGAAUUUGAGACAUCAGAGCUGGUAUAUUGCGUUGCCGAUCUGCAGAUGAGCAACCAAAAGCUCCAGGAGGAGGUGAGGAAGCUGAAGCAGGUGGUGGAGAGCAUGGAGGACAGCAACCAGAAGCUGGCAGAGGAGAAUGAGGAGCUGCGCAGUCAGGCCAGAAUUAACCAUCAGCUGGCGCAAAAGGAGAAAAUGCUAAAGGAGGAGGUGGAGGAGAUGAAGGCCACUCUGAGCUGUACGGAGGAAGGCAGAGCUCGCGCCUCCGCACACAGCAAACAUGUGGAGCGAGAAAACCAGAGUCUCAUUUCCAAGAUUGCUUCUCUUCAAGAAGAGAACUUCAAGGUAACCAUGGAGACAGACGAGCUUCAGAGGAGAAUAGCAGAGCUGUGUGACAUUAACGCUGACCUACAGGUGCAGAUUCACUCUUUUGACGGUGUCGUUAGUGAAAAGGAAGCUGUGAUUUUAGAGAAGGGCAGACAGAUAAAUGAGCUGAAGUCAGCAGUGGAGGAAUAUUCCUCCAUCACAGAGCUGCUGAGAGCAGACAAGAGCAAGCUGGAGAAUCAGAUACAGAUGAUGCAUCCAGACCUAGCUAGUGCUGGUCUGUCCCUGUCGGUGGCCUACAGGUUGAACCAGAGCAGCUCAGGAUCCCUGCAGGCAGAACUGGCCCUGGCACAGUCACCACUGGAGGCCCUCAACGGACUUGAUCAUUUUUCCACCACCAUGAGCUUUGCCUCCCCGCUGGAUGAGACGCUUGACAGGGAGGUGCUGCUGAUGCUGCAGGGACCCAGCCCUGAACACAUGGCCAAGGAGUUCAAGAGCCUCCUAAACAAACUGAAAAGGGAUUUCACAGAGGAAGCUGCAUCUGUCUUGUCUUCAGUUAGAGGCUUGUUGGACGACCACGCACAGCCAGGGGGCAACACAGGCACCAGUCUUCAGACCGUGCAGGCCGAACUGGACUCGAAAAGGGCAGACUGGGCCCUCAGCCUGGACCAGCUGGCCCAGUACACCGACUCGCUGGAGAAGGAACUGAUCAAAAUGGCCAGCAACAUGAGGAGGUCCCGCACCGAGAUCCUGCACCUUUCCGUCAGGGUGCAGGAGCAGGAGAACCAGAAGCGGCAGCUGUGUGAGGAGCUGGAGCAGCUAAAGACGCCACAGGACAGCAGAGAGGCCUCGUCCCAGACACCUGCACCAGAGGAAGAGCCUGGAGAUGACUUGGACUGGGAUGAGGAGUUUGCCCUUCAAGACUUCCUGAAGAACGAGUUAGCAGAAAGAAAUUGCAGAGAACAAGGUGGUCAACCAGACAGUCGGCAAGAAGAGACGGCGGCUAAAUUAGCAGACAGGGGUGAAGAAGAAGACGGGGAAGAGAAGUGGAUGGUGGUGGACAGAGCAGGAGAGGGAGAAGUGAGGAACACAUCCACUCCUCUGUCUGCCCUCUCUGGGGAGGCCCAGUCGAGGCACGGUGGAACAGGAGGGAGUCAAGACUCUGCAGCCCACACUGAGUCAGAGCCUGAUGUGAACUGUCAAUCUGCACAGGAAGAGGCUGCAGUACGAUUGAGCGCCCACUCACAAGCUGUCAGCAUUAGACACCCAGAGGCGGAUGCUCUCCCCGAUCGGUCCCACUCAGAGAACAACACAGAUGCCGACGCCCCUGAGACUGCAGAGUCUGCCCCCUGUGUUUCUGCCCAAAAUCUGACCAACACUUCUGAGCAGGACCAAAGCGUUAUACUUGGCAGCAGCCCUCCUUCAGCAGCUGAGAUGGUUCCCCCCAUCAGCACAUCACCUGGAUCAGAUGAGACCAUUACCCAGACUGAGAGCACCCAGCCGACCAGUGAGGACCACAGAGGAGAAGAGGCAAAAGACGGCGAGGCGGACUCGAGCACAGCAGCCAUGAGACGUUCAAAGAGCUUGAGCGAGGACCAGUCGGCAGACAGAUCAGCAGCGGAGGACAGCACGUGUCUGCUACCUGUGUUGGUGGAAGAAGAGGAGAGUGUGCAGGACAGCACAGCUGAGGUUCCAACAGUAGCCGCCAGCAUGGAAGGGACAGAGCAGCUCACCAGCAGCGGAGCGACCACCUUCUCUGACGGCAGCUCUCCACAGUCCCGGUCGUCCUUCAUACAUGGCAGCCAAUCAGGGAGUGGCAUGGGCAGCAUCACCUCUGACCCCAGCCAUUCACAGGCUUCAACGGCUAAAAAGGACGCCCUCCUCCUCUGUGGCAAAAAUAAGAGGGAACUGGAGCUGUCAAGCUGCAUGGAGGCCAUCGAGGAGCACAAGGAUAAAGAAGACCAAAGUGAGACCAGCAUGGGCACUGAAAGGGAAUCUGAGACAUCACUGAUCUCUGACACCAGUGAAACCUUUAAAGACAGGAACAGUCUUUCCCCCAGUGACAAGGAAAUAGAGACGGAGUUCCAGCGCCUGGCGUUGGGUUUCAAGUGUGACAUGUUCACCCUGGAGAAGAGACUCCGGCUGGAAGAGAGGUCACGAGACCUGGCUGAGGAGAAUGUCCGCAGGGAGGUGUCCAGCUGCCAGGGCUUACUGCAGGCUCUGAUCCCUCUGUGUGAGGAUGACAACCAGUCCAUGGAGAUCAUCCAGAGGCUCCAGAAGAACCUGGACAUCCUCAUCCAGUCAAUGACCAGAGUGUCCAGUCGCUCUGAGAUGUUGGGAGCGAUUCACCAGGAGAGUCGCAUUGGUAAGGCUGUGGAGGUGAUGAUCCAGCAUGUGGAGAACCUGAGGAGGAUGUACACCAAGGAGCACGCCGAGCUGCUCGAGCUGAGGGAGACGCUCAUGCAGAACGAGAGGUCGUUUGGCUCACAAACCGAAAGAGAUGACUUCCGUGGCAAGAAACAGCCAACAUCACAGUACUACAAGUCAUCAACCCGGCGGGUCAGCAUAGCAGCAAUCCCCCGCUCCGGUGCAGGAAACAUGCACUUUGACAUGUCCAAAACACAGGACGGCUCCGAGGCUGAAACGGAGCGGCUGACCAGGCGAUCGCCAUGGAAUGUGGCAGGGAAGAGCACGGCGCGCCCCCCACUUAAGCGCUUUGUUAGCUCUGCGGCCUGGGUUGACACUGAAGAGCCCUCUCUCGUGAUGAAGGGGACAGCCUACGACAACACCGACUGCCAGUCGGAGGAUGAACAGAAGGAGGCGCCGGUGGUAGAGAGGAGGAGGUCCAGUCUCAGUGAGCUGGGCAGCAAACUCACCUCCCUCAUUCUGCCCCUCAAGACUCCGAGCCCUUGCUCCAGCCCUACAUCUACAGACCCGGGAAUGGCCCACUCUCUGUCCCACAGCCUGACCUCUUCCCGGGUGGCUGCAGCAGCAGCAGUAGCCAGAGGUGGCAGGGGGCUCUGGCUUUGGUUGGCCAUGGUAGUGGUGCUAGCAGGUCUCUUGGCAUUGCUGGCCAGUCUGGUGAUGCAGCCGGUGGUAGACGCAGCCCCUGUGGGGACCGGGGACUCCUGGAUGACUAUCCAGCAGAUGCUGUGGCCCUACGCAGGGCUCCGACACAAUGGACAGCCGCCCGUCUAGCCCCUGAGAUCCAGGGUGGAUGGUGUUACUGCCCAUCAGCUCUCUGCAGAAAUGAUCUGUGCACUGUGGUGAUGAAGGAAAUGCAGUGUACCAGUCCUGAGUGGAGGCUGUUGGGAUGUUUACUGGUGCCUGAGGAUUCCUAAAACAAGACUCACAUUGACAGCACAGGCCAGGCCUCAGGGGAUAGCUAACCCUAUGGAGGAUUUUAUGCAUCACUUCACGUUUGCUAAAUUAGUUAGUCUGUGUGUAUAUGUGUGUCUGUUUUAAGAGAAGAAGCAGUAACAGGUGGUUUUCGAGCGGCUGCUCAACAAUGCCACAUCAUGAUGCAGUUGUCCUACCAAUGCUGCGAGUAACUGUCAACUUGGACCCAACACAAUCUGUCAAAUCAGACAUGCCCAGUCAUCAGAGGUGGCACAGCGUCGACCAAUCAUGUCACAACUUCAUCACAAUGAUGGCAGCAAUCCACCAAGUCAUGCAGCGGGCCGCUAUCCAGAUUCCCAUGGACCAACAUCGCAGACGGGGGCUCCGGUUGUGCCAUGUGGCUUUUCAUCCACUUGAAGGAAACGGAUGCUACCAGCCUUUUGCCUCAUGGGUCUCAGAGGACAUUUUUAUCAUUUUUAAGUCUAUAAACACUGGUAAUAAAUCUUCCAUGUCUGAAAUCUAUUUAUGAGUUUGUUAGUUCUGAGUGGAAAGAUGUGAAUAUCUGUUUAUUUUUGUUAAGUUAUAAUUCUACAUUGUUACAGUUUUAUCACCAAAGGUUUUUUUUUUUUUUUAAUUUUUCUGCUGUGGUUGUCACCGUUUUCAACUUCAUACACUUUUGUAUGUUCCAAAGAAGAUGCGUGAGACUUUGCACAAAUAAAGUAGCCAAUUCUACAAUA